UCCUUCAAACGCGCACAGUCUCUCCCAACCCCUGACAGAAGCAAGAUGAGAUAUAUACUUGCGACAUUAGCUCUGGCAGCAGCAGCUCAAGCUCGUCCUGAUGAUAGCUACGGAGCCCCUGCAGCACCUAGCUAUUCAGCCCCUUCACCUAGCUACUCAGCCCCUGCUCCUAGCUAUUCAGCUCCCGCUCCUAGCUACUCCGCCCCUGCUGAAUCCUAUGACGCCCCUGCUGACUCCUAUGGAGCCCCCGCUCCCUCUUAUGGAGCCCCAUCUUAUGGAUCUCCCGCCCCUGCUUUUGAUCUUAAGAUCAUCAUCAUUCCCAUCAUCGCCCUGAUCGGUUUGUUCCUCCUCUUCCCCACCUAUGUCUCCCUGACCACCGUGAGACGGAAGAGGGAUGUUGCUGAGACUGAUCUCGCUACUGAUGUCGUUAACAGAAUCCAGGAUAUGUACAUGGCCGUUAUUGAAUCUGAAGAGUGCAUGGAGCGUAUUGCCUGCCAGGUUGGAGCCGUUGCUAAGGAUGCCGGAAUCAGCUCCACUCUCACCACCUCUGCUCUCCUCUUGGCUCCCAAGAAAUACUCCAAAUACGCCAAACAGUUCGCUCUACCAUCUGAAUGCUCCAAGAUCCCCUGUGGAAACCUUCUCUAAUUAAUUAGUCUUGAAUUAGUUAGUUACUGUUUAAAGAGCUGCGACGAAUUGAUCGCUGAAUAUUCUUCCUGUACUCGUGCUCUCAACUGGGUUCCACUUGAAAACAAGAAAAUCCGCAACAUGACAAAAAUGCGCCAUCUUGGUUGUGGGGCGAGACUGUGUCAUGUGACCUAGUCGUAUGUGAUAUUCACAAUGUUGUUGUUAUGUGCUUUUCCGGCACAUUUGGGUAAUUUAUUGAGCAAUCCUCUGACACUCGUACAAACCUUAUUUAAGUCAGAGGAUUACUCCGUAACAAGAUAUAUAUGUAUAGUGUAUCAUAGGUGACAAUAAAAUUUAUUUGUUUGUAA